AUGUCGGCCUGCGGUGAGUUUUCAGAACACGUGUGGAAACCCGGCUCGUGUAAGAACUGCUUCCAUCCGCGUAGCGCCCACCGUGCCAGCGGUGGCAGCACAGUGCCCUGUGGUACCCUGAAGACCAGUCUGGGGGGUGAGGAGGAGGAGGGCCAAGGAGUGACCGUGCCCUCGCCCUACUCCAAACCCACCAUCGCCGUGCGCCCCACCAUGAUGCUCCCUGACUCAGGCGAGAUGCUGGCAGACCUCAACAUGAACAUAGAGCAGGUGAGAUCUCACUAACUCAAAUACACAUUUAUGACACUGUAUGCCUUUGCAUUGGACUAAAUAAGUACAUCUAGAAUGAAACCAAUAGGUUUUAGUCACUUAAUGUGAAGUGAUUCAAUAAUGUUUGUAUGCUUUAUAUAACCAUGAAUUGUGUUUCCCCUCAAUAGGUUUCCCCUCAGGACAAUCCGAAGAGUCCAGUGGACCGACUGGGCCUUAAGAAGAUGUUGGACCUGUCCCCUAUCUACAUAGACAGUAACGGUUGUAACAAGGCCCUGAGAGAGGCCGUACUACAGAGUACUACAACCCCUGGGAAGAUGGACUACCCCGGCAGCCGUUUCUCCCCCGGUCCUAUCAGCCCCCGGUCUUCUCUGUCCCCGUCGGCCCUCCAGAAGGACUCUAGUAUGAUCAUCAGCAGUGUCUUAGUGACCCAGGAGGACAGACACGGCCAAGGGCCUCACAGUCUGAAGGAGAAAGGGAAUAGCAAAGGUGACUCGUCCUAUAGGCAACAGAUCACCAAGACUACCAAAACCACAGAGAGUACUUGCAACGGGAACAGCGUCGGCAUGGUGACCACCACCAGAGGGUCUUCCACAGUCCAGGCUGUCCAGGAAGUGAAAGCACCUCUGGGUAUUGCCAUGGCAACAGCCGGUAACGGCAUCAGUAACUGUCUUAUCACCACCACAGCCGCCCCCAGUAAUGGGGGCAUCACGUCUGGGAACACCAACCAGUCCAGUACUUCUCCCGUCCCAUCCUUAACCACUCUGGACUCAGGGGCAUCUCCAGGGCCUCUAGGGCACAACCUCCAGUCCUGUGGAGGAGGCAGAAGUGGCUCCUUCCUCUCCGAGCCUGGUACUCUGUCUCUGUCAGACUCUUGCUCCUACCGCAGCAGCACAGACUCUCUCACAGGGCCGGACGGCUUCGGACUGGUGGGGCCAGAUAGUCCCUCUCCCUCAGACGGACAUACGCUGUCGUCAGAACCCAUCUACGCUGAGAGCACCAAGAGGAAGAGGAGGCCUCAGAGCGCUGGAGGAGGGAACGGGAAGCCCCAGGCCCAAAAACAGCACUCAGAGCUGGAGGUGGAGCUCACAGAAGAGGGUCAGAACCAGAGGGCCAAGAUAACCGUCCGGGCUGCUCAUACUGAGGAGAACAACCGGACGUUCUAUCUGAGCAGUCCGGACUCGGCCGUCAGCACCCAGUGGCCUUACUUCAGCCCCACGGCCCUCAGCAACCCCGGCAGCCCAGCUUUCAAGUGGCCCUCCAGCUCUUCUGUAACAGAGACAUCAUCCCCAUCCUUCCCUGCUUCCCUCCAGCCCAAACCCCAGAACAGCCCCCCUAUACCGCCCAAGAGGAACAACCGAUCGCCAAAACCGCACCUGGGGACCUCCAGCCUCUCCCCGGUGCCUCUGCCUGAGCUCAGCAUACAGGCUCUGGUUUUCUCACCGUCUUCCAGGGACGUCCAGGUGCAGGUGAAGCCCCAGAUGGAGCCCCACAGCUCAGCCUCGUCUGAUGCCCGGAGGCACAAGCUCCACACCACCGCCUGGAAUUGGGAGGGCCGGAUCGAGGAGGAGGAGGAGGGGGAGACAGAGGAGGGCCAUGCUCAGGAGAGUGCCUCUCAGAGCAGGGUGACGGGGCUCAUCAAUAGGGCGGCUGUCUGGAGGGACGCCAGUGACUGGAGACCCACGGGGGUGACACAGGGCAGCGAGGGCCAGCAGGGCAGCACCCUGCCAGGCACUGCAGCCAACAAUGGUGCCAGUCAGAAGCAGGCAAGCUGCAGCAGCGGCAGCGCGGAGGAGGGCAAACAUAACGGGAGCAUGUUGACCAAGUCGACUCCGUCGUCUCUCUCCAGCAGAGAACGCACGGAGCAGCUCUCCGCAGAGGGGAAGAGUUCAAGCCAUGACCCCACUCCACCACCCCCUCCCCCUAAGAAACACCACAGGUAA